AUGUGGGAUUUCGGUAAUCGCGGUGCCGUGGUGUUGAUAAGUGUGACGUGUGGGUGUAUAUUGAUAUACAACGCCUGGGGCGCUAUCCUGGCGCUGGCGUUCACGCUCCUCCUGGUGGUGUACGCGUGCUACUCUCUGCUCGCCAACGACAGUCUGAUAUCGCCGCACGCGUAUCAAGUUAUCGGUUAUUUGCGGGAGGCGGUCUACGACCUCGGCACAGCGUUCCGCGUCAUCCACAGCCACAGUACCGGUUACGUGCGUAAGCUCUGGCACAGUGCGAGUCAUUGUUACCGCGAGCGUUUUCCACCAUUCAGGAUGGAUAGACGACGCCCGGGCAAUUAUCAGCUCAGCAGUGACUUAUACCCUACCGCUGUCAAACGAGGAGAAUCGUCAUCGUUGACGUCGCCGUUGACGUCGCCGUUGACGUCGUCAUUGUCGUCGUCAACAUCGUCGUCCAAGUUUGGCUUGAUUGAUCAAUUGAGCCCAAUCCCGUGCGUUUCCUACCGUUCGCGCAUCAACGAUAUGCUCAGAAUGGACAAUAGACUGUAUCAUGCCGGUGAUUACGAUUAUAUGUCACCUCAACAGCAGCAAUCUGCUUAUGGCAGCAAACACACUUCCACGCCGGUUUUAAAACCUGGCAGCAGAGAAGAGAACCCUAGGAAUGACGAUGUCAACCUGAUCUCGCAGUCACGUGGGAUAUCCUCUAAGAAGACUCUGCCUCUGUAUGCUCAAAAUCAUUCACUUAGCCGCGGAGAGAAUGUCACACAGUUUAGUCCUGAAGGUUCUCCAUGGGGUAUAAGUAUUAGUCCCAAGAUGCGUCCUAGACCAGCUGGUGUGAAAACAGUCCAGACAGUUGCUGGACCAUUAUUAGCAUCGACAAGAUACAAUAUUGAUCCUAAGGUGUACACAGACGUAUCAUCCCCGGGUCUUACAACAAGGCUAACCAAGUACGCUACAGAAGCAAAGAAUACAUUAACUCAUCAAUCUCAAUACGGUACUGGACAAUUUCCAAAAGUUAAUCUCUAUGCAAAUCCAAUUCCUCUAUUAAAUGCAAAGUUGACAAAGAUGAGAAUGCCUGUAACGGUCAGAGUGGCACCACCAGAUGUAACAAAAUACUCUCCACCUGAAAAGCAAAAAAUGUUGUCUAAUGUUUGUCACAUGGAGAACAGAUCACCCACGAGUGUUGUUCAAGUCUUACGGGAGAUAUCAUUGAAACGACACGCAUCAACAGAGGAUGUUAGCUUUGAUGUUGCUAAGAAACAGAGAACAGAAUUCUUCAAUGAGGAGCGAGAAACAAUUCUAGAGGAAAACAAGCAAAAACGAAGCAGAGAUGAGUCAUCUAAAUCAGAUGAGGAUCUUUCACCCCAAAGUAAAUCUAUCAGACCUGCAAAACGUACAAAGACACGAUCCUGUUUUGAUAUUAUAAACUCUUUGAGUUCCAGCGCACAUGUUGCUGGUGGAGUUAAAAGAAAAGCUGUUGAUUUCUCGCGUAGUGGUACACCUGACUUCGAAAAACAUUUCAAAUCUCUGGAAAACGCACGGUCUAGUAACUCCUCUGUGUCACAAUUUCAGAGCUUAGAUAUAGACAAUGGUAAAUCUGAUCUUAAAGAAGUAUAUUUCAAAAAUCCUGAGAUUCUUAAUUCUAAGAAAACAGAAGAAUUUUCUUUAGUAAAAGGAAUACUGAAAUCAUCUAGUAAAGAAUUGAGGCUCAAUGUGAGUAAAACAGGGCCUGUUCAUGAAAACGCAAAGAGUACUAAUGUAACUGACAACAUUAAAUCUGCUGCACUGACAAAAUCCGUUAAAUUGUCGGAUAAAUUAUUUAUGAGAGCCGAACCUGAACGGAACGAACAAUUGAAAUUACUUGUGGAGGAACCGAGUAAUAUAAAAAUUAGAUUUGCGACAGAUAAUGUGGAAGAAAUAAAAAGAGAGGAUAUACGAAAUAUGAGACAAAACAGUAUGAAAGCCAGACUUCAAAGUAUGUUUGAUGCAAUAUCAGGGAAAGCAGAGAAUAAAAUUAAUCCUGAUGUUGUGAUUCAAGCGGACGACGUUAAUACCGUUACACCUUCAAUCACACACCCGGUCAGUUGUGCAACUCUCAAUUCCUCGACUACUACAACAAACGUCAAUACGACACCGCUAUCUACUGCGGCCAUUAUACCAAGCGGUUUCUCUUCAUCAAGACCUAGUGCGAAAGUGGAAACGAAAUCGGAUACAACUUUCAGUUUACCGAAAACCACGUCUCCAGCGCAAUUGAAUGGAUCAGCAAUAAGUAUUCUCAAGACAAAAGAAACGAAUUCAGUUGCCAAGACGAGUGGAACUGUCGAGCAAAAGAAAGUUGUGUCAUUCGCACCCGAAAUUACGAACGCAAAGUCUUUAGAAAAAGUCAUACCUUCAACUCUUAUUACGACAGCAUCGACCUUUAGUCUCAGUAAACCAGUUACGGAAGCACCAACUACAACAUCGAAUAAUAAUAUGCUGAACUUUAGCACUGGUACAUGCAAUAGUAACACCUUUGCUCCACCAUCAUCUAAGUCUACUAAUUUCUUGAUAGUCGAUAAAGCUCCAUCGAGUUCAACGUUUGCACCGAUUAAUCCUAACACUACGAUUCAAGAAAAAAUCGGAACUAAUGCUAUUGUUACCUCAAGUGCUAUCAUUAGUUCGUCCACCACUGGGAAUACUCAAACUACUUCUAUUUUUACUUUCGAUAGCAACAAAUCCGCCUCGUCUCCCGUGACAUCCACUCAAGUUACUGUACCAAGUUUACCAUCCCAAUCUCUCGGGACGACAUUAUUACCAGUCAAUACAACUACUGCAACUAACAUUACCGGUUUUAAUAACGUCAUAAACAGUGACACAUCGAAUAGCGUUGCAACGACGUCUACGAGCGCACUUUUAUUCAAUUUUGGAAGUAAUAAUACUACUUUACAAUCUUCGAAGUCGGAUAGCUUUAUAUUUAGUCAACUAAAUAAUAAUAACGCUCAACCAAAAAUGAACGCUUUCGGAAACUCAACACAAGUUGUAACAAACCAAGCAACAUCAUUGUCACAAGUUACUACUGCAUCAUUUAAUUUCAAACCUAACACUUCAAUAACAACUAUCGCAAAUAGCUCAUUUUCCACAAAUACUACAACUGCCACAGCACCAACAUUUGGACUAUCGAGUCCGUCUACGUUCUCAUUAGGCACGACAACCGUUACUUCCUCAAUACCUACUCUAUCCAACAGCAAACCUCUGUUUCUUUUCGGUGCUUCCAAUACUUCAAAUACGACGUCUACUGCUAUAGCUUUGCCAGCUACAACUACUAACAGUACUACGACUAGCUUGAGUACGAUAAGCAAUAACGCGAUUCCUACAUUUGGAGUGUCCACCACUACUGCCGUUCCACAAUUUGGCACGUCUACCACUACAGUUCCUCAAUUUGGAACAUCUACAACCACUGUUCCACAAUUCGGCACAUCCAUUUUUGGCACUACGUCAAUUACAACGACAAACGUGAACAUAUUUGGAACGACAAACAAUAGUCAGCCACUUUUCGGAACUGCGUCAAGAUCCGGAACAACGUCAGAAACUGCUAGUAUAUUUAGUACUCCGACAACUACGGCUCCUUCGAUUUUCGUCCCAACGACUAACGUUUCGUCGUCUGGCAGCACGUCUAGCUCCAGUUUGUUCUCCAAUGUUAAUGCUAAUUCGACUCCGAUCACUGCGACGCCUUCAGUAUUUAGCGGCACCCCGAUUUUCGGUCAGACGAAACCUUUGACAUCUUUUGGAGCAGCGAGUGUGUUCGGCAGCACAACGACACCGUUGUUUGGCUCGACUACGCAAACCGGCACGACCACGCCCGCGUCCGCGCCCGCGCCCGCGCUCGCGCCAACGUUUGGCAUCACCGGCAACGUAUCCACUAGUACGAUUACUCCUGGCUUCGACACUACGAAUAAUACUACGCCCGCGUUCGGAGCACCUAGUGUAGGCACUGCGACGAACGUACAGGCGACACCAACUUUCGGUACAACCGGAAUAUUCAGUCCAACCGAUAAUAACACCCCAUCAGUUCCCAUAUUUGGAGCAAACACUACUCCAGCUACCGAAGCCUUCGGCAUCUCCUCGGCAACGAGUACUUUCGGUACACAGAAUCCUUCGACUCUCGCAUUUGGUGCUGCAAGCGGCGGAACCACGUUUGUUGAUAACAAAUCUCUAUUUGGAGCGACACCCGCGAUCAGCACAAGCUUUGGCACAUCUAAUCCGUCUGUUCCGGCAUUCGGAGCCAGUAAUGCUAACAAUUCAAGUAGUAAUACAAAUAGUAUGUUUGUCUUCGGAAACACUCAGAAAGACGGGCAACAGAACACGACGUUUUCCUUCGGAUCCAAUUUCAAUGCUGGAAGUAAUAACUCUACGACUGCACCAGCUGCUCCGUUCCAAUUUGGAUCUCCAUCUUCCAAGCCAGCAACAACAGGAUUUAACUUCACUGCACCAUCAGCAACUCCUACCCUCAAUUUCGGAACCACGGCUGCACCGACUUUUAAUCCUUCGACUCCCGGCAUGUUCAGCAUCGGAAGCGGAUCUACCGCGCCGCGAUCUAGAACAAUUCGCACGCGAAAACCGAGAUGA